UACGACCGUAUAUUUACGUUUUCGUUAACAAUUGAUGUGUGCUACGUCAGUACAUUUACGUUAGCUGUUUUUUCCCCGGAAAGUGCUGCUCUCUCUUGGGGCGUGUUCAAGUUGUUGAAUGCAGCGCUGUUUAGUUGAACUAAUUACUACAGUUCACCAGUGAAUCAGUAGAUGGCGUGCGCUGUCAAUUCUUUGUGAAUAUCGUGGGCACAGAUUUUUAUGCUGCUAUCUAUUUUCAAGGUAUCGAUCGGAGCGCUAUUUAGUGUAUCUAAAUACGCAGUUAGUUUUUCAAUAAUAGAUAGCGUGAUUUUCAAAGAAAAUGUGCCUAAUGAAAGCACGUUUUUACCAAUGAAUAGCAUUCUUUUGUAAUAUGAGUUCGAUAAAUAUAUGGCAUAUUUUUGAAACAUGUGUAUAUGAAUUUAUUAUUUCAUAUUAUAUUACGUACGUGUUUUUUGUUUGCCAUGGCAAGUGCAAAGGUGCAUUAUGUAAAUGAAAGGAAUCCAUUAGUGCGGAUUUUCCAUGAAUACAUUUUCUCAUUGUGAGUUUUCUUUUAGAUUGCAAAGUGAAAUAAAUAUAAUUUUGUAAUUUUUUUACGCAAUGGCUAAUUACAGCGGAUAUGUUGGACUCACAGAAACUGAGGCGCAACAAAUGUGUGAACUGAUAAGCACAGUCGAGUCGGAAUAUUCAGAAAGUGAUUUUGAAAACAGUGAUAGCAGUGACAGUGACAGUCUUGAACCACCACCGAGAAAACGAAGUUCACAAAAUCGCGCCGCGGAGAAAAAAUUCGCUUGGAUCAGGGAAGAUGACACUUCGAAAGCCAUCAAUUUGCUGACACGUGUGUCUGGAAUAGGACCGGCUAAAGCAAAGGAGUUGGUCGAUUCAGGCAUUAAAUCUAUUGAAGAUCUUGAAAAGCAUAAGGAUAAACUUAAUCAUCAUCAGUUGAUUGGUUUGAAGUACCUAACAGAUUUCGAACUGAGAAUCCCAAGAGAUGAAAUAGAAAAAAUUGAAAAGAUAAUAAAAGAAGAAGUCAAGGCAUUAGAUCCAGAUUAUUUAGUUACAAUUUGUGGAAGUUACAGGCGUGGAAAGCCAGACAGUGGCGAUAUUGACGUGCUGCUCACCCACCCAAGUUUCACUUCCAAUGAUGGUGCAUCGACAAAAGCUCAGCUGUUGAAGAAAGUGGUUUCAUUGCUGGAAUCUAAGAAACUUAUUACUGAUACUAUUUCUCUAGGAGAUGUAAAAUUCAUGGGCGUGUGCAGUCUGGCAGCACUGGCCGGUGACGACGAAGGGGGACGCUGCCCAAUGAGGCGGCUGGACAUACGCCUCACGCCCCACGACCAGUACCACUGCAGCGUCCUCUACUUCACCGGCUCCGACGUCUUCAACCAGAAGAUGCGGGCCCAGGCGCUGGAUAACCGCUUCACCCUCAACGAGUACUCGCUGCGACCUCUCGGCAUCACCGGUGAGCACCCCGCGGUCGCCGCACUAUUUCACCUACUUUCCAGGUUUCCCUGGCCAAAAAUUAUUAUUUCCAGUGUAGGAUUUAUUUUAGAAGGUAAAAAAAUUUAUUGAUGAACAUAUUAAUCAUUAGUCUUACUUUAGUAAAACUUACUACCAUAAUAUGAAUGCCAAAGAUUUGCUUAGUUUCUGUGCUGGCCAAAUCUCGGAGCAUAAUAUGAAGGGUGAUACAAAUACAUUUUAUUAUUUAAAUCCGAAGCCUAUUAAAACCGUUCAGUGAAAAAAAGGUUACAAUACAAAUACCUGUAUGCCUCUUCCCAUGUCUGUAUUGUACAGAUUAAAUUCCCUUAUUCAAUUGUAAAAGGGGGUGCCUUUCUAAGUGUUGAGGGAGGCCAGAACCUGGCAUGGACUGGGGUAUACGUUAAUGGAAUAGAUCAGGUAUGCAAGGUAAAUGGUUUCAGGUACACAGACAUUUUAUUCAAAUUCAAAAUUAAUUCAAAAAACAUUACGUUAACAUUUCUGAUAAAGUUAAGUGAAAACAAUGCAAAGCUGAAUACAUAAAUUGCGAACAAUUUCUGACAAGUCGAGUUAUUUGACAAUUAUAAUUUUAAUGGGUAAGCCGGCUACACUGUAAGCGAUCCAUACAAUGGAUCGUCAAAAAGAGACAAUGCGUAGUUAACUCGAAACACAAGCAUUGCCACGAAUGAAGUUAAAUUCAUUUUUGGUAGAAUUACAAAACUACUGCAAAGUGCAGGUACAAGAAAGAAAGAAUUUACAUUAUUCUUUAAUAAACUUUAACAAACAAAUACGUGCGACGACGUCUCAAGGGGAGAUAGUUACAAACAAAAAAAAAAUCUGAAGCGAAGAUGAAGGUAAAUUUAAUGCAAAAAUCCAAACAUGUUUUUCAAGGUGGCGGCCUUAAAGGAAUUUAGACAGAACAAAUGCAAGAAUAAAUGACUCUACAUUAAGGUGAGAGCCACCACCUCACUGACGACUCAAACCAACUUACAUUUCUCCCCUGAGGUCGCACACGCACGAAGUUCAACUAGAACCUCUCGGACUACAUGCUAGUAGAAUUACAACAGAUCAGCUACUGCUGACAACCGAGCCUGACUAAGUAAACCAGUAGAAGAAGGUCCUCAACAUGGUUGCAGCUGAAUUUAUAAGCUUGCGCCGCAGGGCACGCAUGCACCGAUCAAGUGGAGGGGGAAACGAGUAAAAAUUGAACAUCACUAGGAAGGGGGAAGGGAGAAGGGAGGGAGAAGGAGGAGGGGAACGGAAUGCCGGAGGCCCGCGACGGCGCGCGCAGUUUUAAAUCUAGCGGACCCGACCGCUACACAAUAUGUACUUUUAUUUGAAUACUCAGUGUACACCAUCCAACUAAAAAACAAUAUGUCAGAAUAUUCAUAACAAAACAGUUCAUUGUUAUCAUACGUAAUAAAUCCAUAUGGUUAGUAAGUAUUAUGAAGCAAAAUCAAAAACAAAUAGUUUUAUCUAGUGCCCUUCCCAGUAAUUUUUGAAAUUAAAAAAUUGGUGUUUCAAUCAAAUGUGCUAACCAAAAAAAUAAAA